GUGCAAAUCAGACGUGCUUUUUUUCUUUGACAGGUUGCGAAUCAUCUGGGUCAGGCCUUCCACUCAUCGCAUCAUGGUUGGCAUUACUCCGCCAUACCUCUUUACUCCGGUCAAUCAGAAAGACACAGAUCCAUGCUACAACUUCGACCCAAAGGCCGUUACCCGCGCCAGCUACUACUCUGUCGCCUCUUCAACGUCUUCACCAAAGCCCAAGCAGGAGGGUCCACUGAUCGACUUCAACAGACACCCUGACAGCUACAUCAUCAUUCCUUCCGCCCGUCCCAAUGUCCCGCCUAUGCACCCAAAGACAAAGCAAAGGAUCAACACUGCCCGCUGGAUUCAGUUCACUCUGCGCCUCCUACAACUCAUAGGUGCCUUGGGAGCUUUGAUCUGUGUCAUCAUCAUCAGGGGUGUCAACGAUGUCCAAGGAUGGAUUCUCAGGAUUCCCCCUGCCGUGGAUGCCGUAGUCUGCGCUUACGCUCUCUACAACCUUCGCCGUCCGGCAAAGACCCGUCCUGCAACUUCUUCUGCUAGCUACAAUGCCUUCUCGUGCUUUGUUGACAUCGCCAUGCUGCCCUUCUACGUUUUCAUCGCCUUCUUCACAGCAACUAACUGGACCAUGGCCCCCGGCGAUGAGAAUCGCUGGACUUCGUUCUUCCACUCAGCCGACAAAGACGGCAAGGUGCUCGAGUCUGCCUUCCUGGUUGGCAGUGUUACAGGUGCCUUGCACUUGUUCAGCAUUCCCAUUGACAUGUACCUGUUCGCUAUGUUCAAGAAGAUUGCUCAGUGCCCACCUGACAUGAAUCCCCUAGAGGACAACCUGACCAGCAGAAUCAAUCGCAAGCACACCUACAAGAACAGUGAGGCAUCAGCAAGCAUGUCGGAGCAGAGAUUGGCCAUGUUGAGCGGCAGUUCUCUUAGCCUCAGCAGCCCCACUCGUGUCUCCACUGGCAGAGACGCACUCAUCCCUGAGGCUAAUGUCCGACCUAUGUCCUUCUACCAGUCACGCACCAACCUGGAUCCCAGCUACUCAGGUCACACUCAAGACUCUGCUCGUCAAUCCCGUUUCGACUACCAACAGCCUUCUUCGGCUUACGCAUCCCAGACCAGCAUGCAUCGUGCCUCACAGUCCCAUGAGCGUGACCGCUCUCAGUCUCGAUCCUCUCGUCCUCAGUCCUUCCAGCGCUAUGCCAACCAGAGACCCAACACUCGCGACUCUAUCCACGACCCCAUGCCUACUCGUCCUCUCUCUUUCAUCACCGCCUCCGAGAACUUGAGCCGCAAUCCUACUCCUCAGCCUGUUCUCGAGCCCUCUGUCAAAUCCGCUACCGAGAAGGAUCCACAAUCAAAGGCUCUGCUUAGCGACAACUGGUUCGUCGUCGCCGAUGACGAUGCCGAUCUGUCAUCUCCCCGCCGCACUCCUGUACCUGAGCUUGUAUCCGACCGCGACUCUAGUCCCGAGAUCCAUGAGCCCAACGUCACUCAGCUCCGCUUCGCCAGCGAAGAAUACAAGGAACUCCUUCCUCAGCCUCUCCGCAUGCACCCUCCUACUCCCCCUGAGCAUUCUUUCGAUGCCGGAGACUUCUACUUUGACGACAUGCCCAACGGUACUCUUGAGCUCGACGACUACUCUCUCCGUGAGACCCCAUCCAACACGAGCAUCGGCCGCGCUUUGAGCCCUCCUGCUCCUGAACCUGCCGCCGUGUCUGCCAAAUCGUCCUUCUACUCUCAGGAUCCAAACGACUCCAGCCGCUCCAGCACUCCUAAAGGAAAGCGCUACGGCAACCUGACUCCCGCAAUGAACAACAUCCGUAUGCAGGAGCAGACUGUACCCAGAGGUCAAGGUCGUGUCGUCAGCAGGACUGGCGUUGAUAUCGCUGAUGCUAGUGUCAUGUACCUCUCAUUCGACGACCACUAUGGCGCUCGCGCUCGCAAUGUGAGUGGCAAGAUCGCCGAGGAAGGACUAGGUGGUACUUGGGCCAGAAAGAGAAAUGUCAGCGGAAAGAUGUAAUUCUUCUUACUCUGGAAGUGAGUGGGUGACAUACUGGGAUAAGGCUGAGCUGGUUGAUUUCAGCAGGAAUGCGAUAAUUAUAGACGAAGGAUGAACAGGCGUUUUGGGGAGCACGAUUACGAUGAGAUGUUGGAAUACGCCACGACAGGCACGAUUUCGGUACAAAGUGUCCAUAAUCCAGAAGCAACGACAGACAGCAGGCUAUGUAGUCGAAUGAACAAGAACAAUAAUGUCCACUUUUACAAACUCCACAAAAUGC